CUCUAUCAUAUUUACUUUUGUCAAUUUCAUAAUUGGAGGAAAAUCAUUGCAAGGAGUUAUUAUAAUUCAUUUAUCUGUCAACGUGCAGGAGAUAAUGAUAGCGAUGAACUGGAAGAAGGCCAAUGGGUCCCUGAUCACCCUGAUUUCUGGAAGAAUUUUAGUGAGAAAGUCUUAGCCGAAGGUCGGAUAUACAGAUUGAGGACUCCCAGCUUGAAAUAUUUGGCUUCUUUAAUGGCUUGUGAAGCUUCUAACCCAACUAAAGAUUGGAGCUUUCCCCAAUUAUCCUUGAAAGAUCAUACACAGAAGUUAUCCGAUUCUCAAAACUUGGAAGGUCUUGCUGCUCAGAAGGAUAAAUCUUCAUCUUCAGUAAAGCUGGUCCAGUCCAAGAAAGAUCAUAUAUAUCGAGAUAGAGCUGCCGAGAGAAGAGCUCUGCAUGGUGGAUUUGGCGUGGGCCCUGGACAGAAGAACUCAACCGAAGCUUCUGAUUCUGCCUCGUCAUAUUCUGCUUCACAACGUGAUGUGGCGGAAGCUGAGGCAUUGAACUUCUCAUUCGGGACAGGAAGUUACGCCAGGAAGAUUCUAGAAGGCAUGGGAUGGAAGGAGAUAUACAUUUUUAAGAUGACAAAAUCACGAUUCCUUAUGGUGUGUGGCCAAACAUGGUACUAGGAAUUAAGGUAUUGAUGGUGUUCAUGCAAAGUCGGUCAAAACCGGAUUUUGUGGGUUGGUAUAUUUUCCGUAUGAUUUUGUAAACGUUUUUUUUUUUUAAAAAAAAAAUACAAGAAGGAGGCUCUUGGCUCGAGCGUGAAGGGACUGGAAACAAAGGAACUGCCGGUUUAGGCUUUUUGCUAAUGGCCGCAGAAAGUAAUUGUAGUUAAAGGGUCAAGUUUCACUUGUAUACAUGAAAACUGCUCUGACAUGAAAAUAUAGUAGUAAUAGAUUAUCAUUAAAGGG